AAAGUACCCACUGCUGCAUUGGAAACUUUCUUACAGGCAUCACACCAAUACAACAAAAAGAUGGCCACGGCACACGAUCAGGCUGUCCUUCAAGCCAUAUUCAACCCGAACACUCCUUUUGGGGACAUGCCCGAUCUGUAUCAAGAGGAGGACCUCACAGAUGAUGACAGUGCCUUUGACCCAAGCUUGGUGAGUCAAGUGAAACAGCUGGAGCUGCAGGGUGUCUCUGCGGCGGAGGCCGGGGACGUCAAGACAGCACUCCUCUGCUUCGACCAGGCGGUGAAGCUGCUGCCAGAGCGACCCUCAGCGUACAACAACCGUGCCCAAACACGCCGCCUGCAAGGGGACACAGCAGGAGCAAUUCUGGACCUUGAGCGGGCAAUCGCUCUGAGCGGCGGAGCUGGGCGCACGGCGUGCCAGGCCCUGGUGCAGAGAGGACUGCUGUUCCGGCUGGGCAACCAGGCGGAGGAGGCGCGCAAGGACUUCACGCGGGCCGCCGAGCUGGGCAGCAAGUUCGCACAGCAGCAGGCCGUGAUGCUCAACCCGUACGCCGCCCUCUGCAACCGCAUGCUGUCCGAGGUCAUCUGCAAGCUACGGAACCCCGAUGUGUCCGAGAUGGAGUAGGAACGUGUCACAUUCCGGCACCAUGGCAGGCAGCCAUAUUGACUGCAUACAAUACAUCUCCAUGUCAGCGUCAUAUCAUGCAUAAAAUACCACCAAUAAAAACAGCAUAUUUCAGUUGACAUCUUGAA